GCGCAGGAUGUCAGGAAUCAGACGGGCGAAGCCGACAGCACAUUUUACAUCCACUUACUAAGAUGUUGACUUGUUGCAUUAUGAGCGUUGCCCGGGAAACCAAACAGUCGGGGAAUAUGACUCAGACCUCUUACAAUAACCGAUAUCCAAAAAUCUGGGGGAAGUCAUUUGGUCUGCACUGAAAGACGACCACAGACCGUCAGCUGCUGUUGAAACUCUUUCAUAACUCACAUCUCUAAUGCGAAUCUGUCUCGGCUUGCGGGAGAAAAGGGAGGGAGCGGACUAAACUGGGAGGGAAGGAGAGCAAGAAUGUACUGAGAUCUCAUCAUGUGAUGUUUUUUUUUUCUUCUCUCUCUUACCCUUUUAUACAGCUGCACAGUGAUUACAUGUUUGUAGUUUGGGGCUCUUAGCAAAAUUUUCCAAACCCUCUGGGCCGCCUGGCUCUUCCCGACAGCCCACUUUCCUUUGACUAUUUUCUUUUCUUUUUGCCCCGUUUUGUGACGUGUGAGUGUAGUUCCUGCCCUUGUUUCAUGCAGUGUGGUUUGCAGGGAAGCAGAGGCACUCUCAGAGAGGCGGACAUUUACUUUACUUGUCAAAAGGGGCAAGAUGAAUUGAAGGUGUAAACAAGAGGGGCUGUCCGCGUUUUGGCCCGAGUGCGUAUGCUCUGUCCUCACAGGGAAGUCGGACGAGCAGGACACGGGACGUGGAGGGAGAGAGUGGAGUGGAGAGAAAGUGAGAAAGUAACGGACGUGGGUGAGGAGGAGGGAGAAGAUAUUCGUGUCACCCAUGGGCGAAAGGUGGAUGAGAAGUUAAGGAGUCCGUCUGACACGAGGAGGAGCGCCAGCCUGGGGAGGGGCACCAAUACAGUCGUCUUCCAGCGAGGACAGGAUGAGGUACCAAGGCAGGGAGGUGGAUGUUGAGGGACGGGUGCGCCUGGUGAUGGAGAGUGCCCUGACGGCCCGGGACAGGGUCGGCGUGCAGGACCUUGUCCUGCUGGAAAACUUCAACAGCGAGGCGGCCUUCAUUGAGAACCUACGGAGACGCUUCGGGGAAGGCCUCAUCUAUACGUAUAUUGGCUCGGUGCUGGUGUCGGUGAACCCCUACAAAGAGCUGGAGAUUUACUCCAAGCAGCAGAUGGAACGCUACAGAGGGGUCAGCUUUUAUGAGAUAUCGCCUCACAUCUACGCAUUGUCAGACACCACUUACCGAGCCAUGCGCACCGAGAGGAAGGACCAGUGUAUCAUGAUUUCGGGGGAGAGUGGAGCGGGCAAAACAGAGGCGUCCAAGAAGAUCCUCCUGUACUACGCGGUCACCUGCCCCGUCAAUGAGCACAUGGCGACCCUUGGUGACCGCCUACUGCAGUCCAACCCUGUUCUGGAGGCAUUUGGCAACGCCAAAACAUUUAGGAAUGACAACUCCAGCCGCUUUGGAAAAUACAUGGGGGUCCAGUUUGACUUUAGGGGGGCGCCAGUGGGCGGUCACAUCCUAAACUACCUGCUGGAGAAAUCCCGUGUGGUGCACCAGAACCACGGAGAGAGGAACUUCCACAUCUUCUACCAGCUUCUGGAUGGAGGGGAUGACAACUUGCUCACCACACUGGCCCUGCAAAGGAACCCUCAAAACUACAACUAUCUGGUGAAGGGCAACUGUCCCAGACUCAGCUCCGUCAGUGACAAGAAUAAUUGGAAAGUUGUGAUGAAGGCUCUGUCUGUUAUUGGCUUCGCUGAGGAAGAUGUGCAGAAAUUGCUGAACAUCAUCGCCAGUGUUCUCCAUCUGGGAAACACUCAGUUUGGGGAAGGAGAGGAAGGAGAAACUUACAUCACCACUGAGACACAUAUAACAAAUCUUGCAACGCUGCUGGGUGUCGAUGUCUCGGCGCUCGCGGAGGCACUCACUCACAAGAAGCUCACCGCCAAAGGAGAGGAGAUGAUCACCCCACUGAACUUUGAGCAGGCCGUGUCUGCCCGUGACGCCUUAGCCAAGGCCGUGUACGGUCGGACCUUCACUUGGUUGGUGGAGAAGAUCAAUCAGUCGGUGGCUCUGAAGGAGGAAAUCUACCACAGCGGUAAGGGCUGCUCAGUUAUUGGCCUGCUGGAUAUCUAUGGCUUUGAGGUUCUACAGCACAAUAGUUUUGAGCAAUUCUGCAUUAACUAUUGCAACGAGAAGCUCCAGCAGCUGUUCAUUGAGCUCACCCUGAGGUCUGAGCAGGAGGAGUAUGAGACGGAGGGAAUCGCAUGGGAGACGGUGCAAUACUUUGACAACAAGAUCAUUUGCGACCUGAUUGAGGAGAAGCACAAAGGCAUCAUCUCCAUUCUGGAUGAGGAGUGCCUGAGACCCGGAGAGACCUGUGACGGUUCCUUUUUAGAAAAGUUGGAAGACACACUGGGCGGCCAUCCCCAUUUUGUCACUCACAAGUUGGCAAACGGAAAGACUCGCAGGGCCAUGACUAGGGAGGAGUUCAGGCUGCUGCAUUUUGCAGGGGAGGUCAACUACAAUAUCAACGGUUUCUUAGACAAGAACAAUGAUUUGCUGAACAGGAACCUGAAAGAGGUCAUGUGCCAGUCCCACAACCAGAUCGUAAGUCAGUGCUUCCGCAGAGAGGAAGUGAUGGAGCAGAAACGCCCGGAGAUGGCCGCCACUCAGUUUAAAAACAACCUGAUGAAACUUAUGGAGAUCCUCAUGUCCAAAGAGCCGUCCUAUGUGCGCUGUCUCAAACCUAAUGAUGCCAAGCAGCCAGGGAGGUUUGAUGAGGUUCUGAUCAGACACCAGGUGAAGUACUUGGGCCUGAUGGAGAACCUGAGGGUCAGGAGAGCUGGCUUUGCAUAUCGCCGUCGCUUUGAAGCCUUCCUGGAGAGAUAUAAACCCCUGUGUCCUGAGACUUGGCCCAAUUGGCACGGCAGACUCGCAGAUGGUGUCUCGACACUGGUCAACCACCUGGGCUACAAAGCAGAGGAGUACAAGCUGGGCAGGUCAAAAAUCUUCAUCCGUUUCCCCAAAACUCUCUUCACCACCGAGGAUGCACUGCAAGCAAAAAAGCCAGAGAUAGCUUUGACCCUGCAGACGUCAUGGAGAGGCUACAGAGAGAGAGCCAAGUACCAACGCAUCAGACGAGCAGUGAUUACGAUCCAGUCCGGGUGGCGAGGGAUGAAAGCACGCAGGAGGGCCAAGAGGCGCCGAGAGGCCGCUGAGUUAAUACGAAAGCUCAUAAAAGGUUUCAUCUGGCGCCACGAGGAAUAUUGCCCUGAGAAUGAGUACUUCCUGGAUCAUGUGCGCUUUUCCUUCCUCAAGAAUCUACGAAAAAACCUCCCCAAGAGCGUUUUGGACAAAACAUGGCCGACAUCUCCUCCAUCCCUCGUUGAGACCUCUGAGAACCUGCAGAGACUGCACAUGAGAAACAUGGUCAUUAAGUAUUGCAAGAGGGUUCAGCCUGAAUGGAGAAAGCAGAUGAUGCAAAAAGUUGCGGCCAGUGAGAUUUUCAAGGAUCAGAAAGACAGCUAUCCUCAGGGUGUUGGAAGGCUGUUUCUGGACUCCAGGUUGGAACGUGAACAAAUCAAUCUCAAAGUUGUCCAGACCCUCGGCAGUGACAAAGUGCAGUACGGCGUACCAGUCGUAAAGUAUGACAGGAGGGGUUUCAAGGCGCGCCCUCGCCAACUGCUGCUCACUAACACCUUUGCUGUGCUAGUGGACAAGACCAAGAUCAAACAGAGGAUCGACUACAUUGCGCUCCGAGGCAUCUCUGUGAGCUCCCUCAGCGAUGGGAUGUUUGUUCUGCACAUGCCCAAUGAGGACAAUAAGCAGAAGGGCGAUGUGGUACUGCACUGCGACCAUGUGAUCGAGCUGGUGACAAAACUAGCCAUGAUGGCCAGCAAGGUCAACUACGUCAACAUCAACCCGGGCAGUAUUACGUUCGCCGUGGCUCGAGGCAAAGAAGGAAUCAUUGAUUUCGUCAGGGGUUCGGAGCUGAAGGUGUCCAAAGGCAAGCGAGGACAUCUGCUCGUGAUUGCCCCUCAGAUCAACAACAUAUGAAGAAACAGCAACCCGAAAAUUGAUAAUCCUUGCAGCCAACUGAAGGGGCUGCCAUUGUGAUGUGUUAGUGUGUAGCAGACGGGACGAUACCACAAGCACACAGAACGAACUCAACAGAAGGAAGACCCCUUUCAUUGGCAUCAUCGGAUUUACAAGAUUCUUUUUAGUGUUGCAAUAAUGACUGAUCUUAACAUGAAGUUGUCACUGUUUCAAUUGCUUUAUUUCUGUAUUCAUAAAUAUAUUUCCACUCUAUAAAAUAUAAUAAUGUAAAACAUUGUGAAGAAACCAUUUGAAAUAAAUAGCAUGUUAAUAAAUAAGUCAAUAAAUACACAAUAUAUACUUGGAAAGUCCAGUAGACUGAAGAGGGAACCACCUAAUGUCGGGAAGUCCUUUCUGGGAGCUUAUUGCUAACUUACCGUUAGAGGUGAGAAAGAAACUUUGGGAAAUACCCAAGAAAACCCUUAAAUAUACAGUAAAUCAUGGAUAGCUAAAUAAGAGCAUAUGAACAUCGGCACUAAAACAAUGAUGAAAAUGAUCACAACCAUUAUUCCUGUUAGGUGUUGAUUGUCAGUUCAGUCGUUUCUUUCUUUUGUGUGUGUGUCGCAGUGUGUUUUUGAAGCCAGAAGGAGGAAGUCUCUUGCCAGCUUGGUGAGGUAAAGGUCUAGAUCCCGCAGAAUGAUGUAACCCUCCACUCUGCUGUCCCAUACUGUUUUGGAUCUGGUUGGUGGGUUCAAGGGUGUGCGAAAGGUUGGCUUUGUCCAAGAACUAUUC